AUGCAGCGGGGGAUGACCAUGCCGUCCUUGUUCAGUGGCGUCAGCCCUCCCAGUUUGCCCAGUUUACCUCGAGGCUUCACCAUGCCGAGUUUACCCAGCAUGCCCAGUCUGCCUAGCAUGCCCAGUCUACCUCGAGGUCUCACUGUUCCCAGUUUACCCAGCCUGCCCAGAGGCCUCACUGUGCCCAGUCUACCCCGCGGCAUCACCAUGCCCAGUUUACCCAGAGGGAUGUCGCUACCGAGGUCCGUCGCCAUGUCGACUGUAUCCCAGGCUCCUCGGAGGCUGCUGCAGGACUGCUGCUCCGUGCUGGACCACCAGGCACCAGGAGGUAUCACUCUGACUUUUUUUAAUGAUCCCAAAAUCUCAGCGUCAGAUUCUUAAAAGUUUUUAAUUUCUGUGACAUUUGAACAAAUUUGAUCAAAGUCUCUGUUUGUCUCUCUGGACUCUUUCUCUUGUAAUUUGUCAAUAAUGUAGUUUAGCAUCUUCUGUCUGCAUCCUCAUACUGUCAGGGAUGCUGAGUGUUCCCUCUCCUUUUUAAAGUUGAGGAUGUCGGCUGCAGGUUUUCCAAUAUUUAUAUGACUGAACGGGAUUUUGUUUCUAACAGCAGAAAUUCAGGUACAGCUGCACCAAGAUUAAUUUUUAAUACUCAUGAAUCGUCUGAUUAUUUCCAAGAUUUGGAGAUUAUUGGUUUGUUCAGAGUCCAGAGCGAUGUCUCAAUGUCUGAAACGUUCAGAAAUUUAGUUUAAUAUCAUAUAAAAAAAAUUAAAGCUGCAAAUCUUUUCAUCAAGCAGCAGAAAUGUGCUUCGGAUUAGUUUAAUUAUCACAGUAUAUGACGGCCAAGUGCAGAUAACGGUGCUACAGCUGAUAUAAACUCAGCUGUUAGGAUUUUCAUCAUGUGACUGACUGAAGUGGAUGCAGUUUUUCCUCCUCCUCCACUCUGAGUGUUUCUUCCGUGUUUCCAGUGGAGUGAUCGGAGCCUCAGCUCUGCAGGUCUCUGAUAUGUUUCCUCUCUCUGUUCCUGCUGGAAUGAUAAAUAAAUCCAGAGCAGAUUAUGGAGCUGAGCUGCUGCACAUGGCCUGGAUCACACACACACACACUGACACACACUGACACACACUCAUGCACACACACAGUAGAAUAUUUCCGAGUUAAGAGCUGGGGGGGAAUAUUAAUUCUACUCUGUGUUAAAGCUGCUGGAAAAACAACAACAACAACAAACUGGAGACAGACAGACAGGAAAUUAGAGAGAUGAAAUAUUUCUGAAAUAAAAACACAUUCCUGACAUCGUCCUCUGACAUUUAAUCAGAGAGAUUUGAAACUGACGGUGACUGACAGGAGGUGGCCGGAGUGUGUGUGUGUGUGUGUGUGUGUGUGUGUGUGUGUGUGUGUGUGUGUGUGUGUGUGUGUGUGUGUGUGUGCAGAGGAUUAACCAUGAACGUGUGUGUGUGAUGGAGGUGACAGUGUGGAUGUGAGCUGCAGAGUCGUCUUCAUGUACGGUGAGAAAUAUUCACUUUUAUUCACUUUCAGUUCAGUAUUUUUAUUUUUGAUCGUGAAAAUCUGAUUUAUUGGAGCGUUAACGAUGCAAAGUAAGGAGAGGAAUCUGUUUUUCUGCACAUCCUCGCCCGCUGUCAGUGCACGCUCUGAGUUUUCCUCUGCGUCUUCAGAGGUGUUGGUGGUCUGCUUGUCGUCUCUGCAGGAUAAAUAAUAAAUCUGCUGAGGGAGAUCAAACGAAACCAGAAAACUCCUCUGCAUUUAGGACACUCAACCGCUGUUGGACAGCGACUGCUACAGGUUUAGCAGCUCAUGUAAACAGAGAUCAGCUGUGAGUGCUGAUCUGAUGACAGAUUUAAUGCGAUAUAAAGAGGGAAAGAGUCUGCUGAAUUAAUUAACACGGCUUAAUGUAUAAUAAUGAGGAGAAAAGGUAUGAAACUAUCAAUGUGUGAGAAUAUUUCUGCAAGGACAAGGAAAUAAAUCUAAUAAAUCUCAUAUUUGGACGUUUUUAUGUUAAAUUUCGUUUAAAGGUCCUGAUGACUGGAAUUUAUACUGCAGCCUAUUCAUAAGGAAACCUUUAACAAGAAAACUGAGUGUUUCUUUAAUUUGUAAUGUUUGUAAUGGGGUAGUGAAGUGCAUUUAGUCUGCACUAACUAAAAUCCAAUAAUGUAAACACAUUACAUAACAAAGCUUCCUGCAGGAUUAAGACGUACUAUCACUGCUGCAUUGUAGUGAUUCGGUGUGAUGAGCUGGCAGGUCACCAUUGGUCGAUUUCUUGUCUCCUUUAAUCCCCAAAAACCUCUUAAAGUGAACACAGAGGGAUGAAAAAUGAAGGAAAAACUGCAGAGAACAAGGUUAGCUCUCUGCUGCCCCCUGGAGGCCGUCACGCUCAGGUAUUGAUCAGUUCUCUGUGUGCAGGGCUGUGUGGAUGCUGCUGGGCGCUGAGGCCUCGCUACAAGCGGCUGGUUGAUAAUAUUUUCCCUGAAGACCCAGAGGUACACACUUACACACUUACACACACACACGUUAAAUUUACACUUUAGUGUGUAAUGUCUCAUUUCAUUAAAGGGUCAGUUCACUCAAAUGACACCACAUUGAUUUAGUUGUCUGUGACACAAGAACUUUAAUAAUCAACUUCUGCUUGAAAACCUUUUGUGUGUCUGUGUGUGCGUUUCAUGCAGGAGGGUCUAGUGAAGGCCAACAUGGAGAAGCUGACCUUCUUCGCUCUAUCAGCCCCCGAGAAACUCGACCGAAUCGCUGCGUACCUGUCAGAGCGCCUGACCCGAGAGCUGAACCGCCACCGCUACGGGUCAGCACACACUCACCUUCACACUCUCACAUGAAUAUGCAUUAUACAUGUGCUGAACCGGAGUCUGAUGCUCUGCAGGUACGUGUGCAUCGCCAUGGAGGCGAUGGAGCAGCUGCUGCUGGCCUGUCACUGUCAGAGCAUCAACCUGCUGGUGGAGAGUUUCCUCAGCACGCUGCGUCUGCUGCUGGAGCACGACAAACCACACCUGCACAUGCUCGCCACCAACUCUGUGAGUGCUGCUAAAGUUUUGAGAAUGACACAAAUUUUCACAAAGUCUGCUGCUUCAGUGUUUUUCGAUCUUUUUGUCAGAUGUUUCGAUGUUUUACUGAAGUGUAACUGCAACCAUUUCAUCAGUGUCAGUUUGGAAGUUUUUGUACCACCCUUGUCUUGAGGAUUGACCACAAGUUCUCUCUACGGGAUUGAGGUCUGGGGAGGUUCCUGGUCAUAGACCCCAAAUUUUUAGUUUUUUUUUCUCAAGCCACUCAGUCAUCACUUUUGCCUCAUGGUACGGCGCUCCAUCAUGCUGAAAAAGUCGUUGUUCGUCACCAAACUGAUCUUGGAUGGUUGGGAGAAGUUGCUCUCCGAGGAUGUUUUGGUUCUUUAUCUAUGACUGUGUUUGUGAGCCCACUCCCCUGACUGAGAAGAAACCCCACACAUGAAUACUCUCAGGAUGCAUUACUGUUGUCAUGAAACAGGGCUGAUGGUAGCGCUCGCCUUUUCACCUCCAAACAAUCGUAAAAAGGAUUCAUCAGAGAAAAUGAUUUUCCCCCAGUCCUCAGCAGUCCAGUCCCUGAACUUUCACAGGAUAUCAGUACGUCUCUGAUGUUUUUCCUGACUUCUUUGCUGUCCUUCUUGACACCAAGCCUUCCUCUGAACGUCUUCGCCUCACUGUGCGUACAGAUGGACUCACACCUGCUUGCUGCCGUUCCUGAGAGAGCUCUCGAUCCUGAAUCAACUUUAGGAGACAGUCCUGGCUCUUGUUUGACUUUCUCAGGCACCCUGAACCUCUCUUCUUGAAGUUCUCGAUGAUUUGAUUGUUUUAGGUGCGAUCUUACUAGCAGCGAUAUCCUUCCCGGUGAAGCCAAAUGCAAUAAUGACUGCAGGUGUUUCCUUGCAGGUCACCAUAGUUAACAGAGGAAGAACAAUGAUUCCGAGCGCCACCCUCCUUUUAAAACAUCCAGUCUGUUAUUCUUACUCCGUCAGUCUGACAGAUCGGUCUCCAGCCUCGUCCUCAUCAACACUCUCACCUGUGUUAACGAGAGAAUCGCUAAAAGUAUGUCAGCUGAUCCUUUUGUGACAGGACUGAAAGCAGUGCGAUUGUUUUUUGGGGAUGAAGUCUGUUUUCAUGGCAGAGAGGGACUUUCAUCUGAUCACUCCUCAUAACAUUCUGGGGUAUCUGCAUGUUACCAUCAUAAAGGCUAAAGCAGCGACUUUGUGAAAAUUAAUAUUUGAGUCAUUCUCAAAACUUUUGGCCCAGCUGUACACACCCUAACACACACUAUGAUGCACAAAGGAUGCUUUAUAGUAAUUCAAGUCGUAGGAGUCAGAGUGAGACACCUGUUCAUACUGGGAUGAUGCAAAACAGCAACCUGACAGAAUAUCACUGGAUUAAUUAUAAUGAAGUCUGAUUUAUUAUAAGAGACCGAUUAUACUCCAUGAUCUGUAGCUCACAAACUCCAUAAAAAACCCUAAUUUCAGCCUCUUUGUUACACAGCUUUAUUGUUUUAAGAUGGAGAAAUGGAGCGGUCGUCCACAGCUGUGAUGUUCAGCGGACAUUAAAACCCGUUCCAGAGCUCUACAUUCAUCAUAAUCCCUCCAUAAAGUCAAGAGAUCAUGAGUGUGACUUACGUGUAUUAAUGUAUGGAUUUAACACACACACGCUCAGAGCUCUUGAGAGUGAAGAGAGAGUGAAACGGCGUUUUAGCCUCUGCUGGAAACAUCCAACCGUCUCCUCUGUGUUUGAAUCAUGUUUCCUCUGAUGUCCACACUCAGCCUCAGGAUGUCUCUGCUCAUCUUUCUGAAUUUUUAGUUCGUGAAGUUUGCAAACAUCGAGGAGGACACGCCGUCGUAUCAUCGCAGCUACGAUUUCUUCGUGUCUCGCUUCAGUGAGAUGUGUCACUCUGAACACGAGGACCCCGACAUACGAAACAAGUCAGUCUGUGUCCUCUUUUUCCAGAUUUGAAAGCUUAAACAGAUUUUCUCUGAGUUUCUGAUGCAAUAUAAAGAUAUUUUUUUUAGAAAUGUUUCAGACUGAAGGUUCGUUAAAAACUCUUUGGUGCAGCUUUAAAAGUUUGGAGGUUUAAAAUAAGAACAUGUGGUGCAGGAUCCGGGUGUCCGGGAUCCGCGGUCUGCAGGGCGUGGUCAGGAAGACGGUGGACGACGAGCUGCAGGCGAACAUCUGGGAGCUGCGUCACAUGGAGCAGAUCGUCCCGGCUCUGCUGGUCAACCUGCAGCAGCACACACACAACCACAGGUGCACACACAAACACAACAUGUUCAUGCACAAAACAGCAAAUUUUAAGAAUUAUCUGAGAAACAUUUAAUGUGUGUGUGUGUGUGUGUGUGUGUGUGUGUGUGUGUGUGUGUGUGUGUGCGCGCGCGCGUGCGUGCGUGCGUGCGUGCGUGUGUGUGUGUGUGUGUGUGUGUGUGUGCAGUGAGUCUCCAGCCGAGCAGACUGAGGUGUGUUUCAGGGAGCUGCUGGGUCGAGCUGCAUAUGGACACAUCAACAACGCCAUCAGACCUGUACUCAUGUAAGAUACACACACAGAAACACACACGUGAACAUACUGGUACUUUGUUAUGGUAGUCGUAGAGGUAUUAGUAUACUUGGAGAGUGCAGACUGUAGAAAGAAUCCUUUAAAAAACUCCUGGAUCCAGAAGGCGAUCCGGAUCACCACCAAAAUGUAAUGGGAUCCUCCUGGAGCUGAGACGCACCUCUGGUGAAAAUUUCAGGUCAAUCUGUCUGUAACUUUCUCCGUAAAGUUGCUAACAGACAAACAAACAAACAAACCAACGCUACCGAAAACAUAACCUCCUUGGCGCAGGUAAAUAUGUGAGUGUGUUUGUUUUCAGGCACUUGGACAGUCACACUCUUUGGGAGGGACGAAGUUUUGCUGUUCAGUGUUUCCAGAUCAUCAUGUACUCCAUCCAGGUGAGGAAGUAUCAGUACACUAGUACUACCUUAGUACACAAAGUACCACAAAAUACUUCAGGUGUGUAGUUUCCUCACUUUAUUGAGCUGUAUCUGAGCGUGUCGUCUCCUUCUCAGUCUCAGCACUCUCACCUGGUCAUCCAGCAGCUCUUGGGUCACCUGGACGCCAACAGCAGGAGCCCGGCGUCAGUCCGAGCCGGGAUCGUAGAGGUUCUGUCUGAAGCUGCAGUGAUAGAAGCGACCGGAUCUGUGGGUCAGUCUGCGUCUCUGUCGUUCUUUUACCUGUUUAUUCAGAUGUGUGUAAUCUUCCUCUGUCUGUGUGUGAAGGUCCAACUGUCCUCGAAGUGUUCAACACGUUACUGCGGCAGCUCAGGCAAAGCGUUGACUACGAGCUGACUGGUUACUAUGACAACGCUGGACAAAAUAAAACCACCUCAGCCGAAGAGAAAACGCUGCAGGACGCCGUCAUCAAAACCAUCGGUGAGGGUCGGGGGUGGUCUUCUUGUCUCAGAGGUGUUUGAUUCAGUUUUUAACUCGCGUUUCUGCUCAGGAUCCUUCGCCAACACACUUCCCGUCUACCAGAGGUCAGAGGUCAUGCUGUUCAUCAUGGGGAAAAUCCCGGUUCCUGGUAUCUACCCCGCUCUGGGGUCGCCCAACGCCGGGUAAAACCCACAGCGGCAUCAGCAUCUCUAUUUUUAACGGGCUCUCCGUGUUUCCAGUGAGAUGUUUCAUGUUUGUGUGUGUGUGUGUGUGUGUAUGUGUGUGUGUGUGUGUGUCUCAGGUUCGAGGGCAGCAGAAUGAUCCAGGUGAUGUUGUUGAAGUCGCUCCUGCAGGUGAGUUCAGCUCAGUUUGUGUCCAUGUUUAAAAACGUCUCUGUGAAGAACCUCACGCUUUACUUCGUCUCGCCCCCCUCCCCCCGCCGCCGCCGCUGUCUCACCUGUGUCAGGUGUCAGAGCGUUAUGAGAGCAGUAACCUGCUGACGGCUCUGCCCUCAUCUUUCUUGGAGCCUCUGCUGUCCUUCACUCUGAUGGAGGAUCCAGAGAUCCGUCUGCUCGUUCUCUCCAUCCUCACCUCGCUCAUCGACCGACGCCACAACGCCACCAGACUCUCCAACGCCAGGUCACAUGAUUAACAUACACAUCAUAAAAACGCAGGGACAGAGAGUGCUGCUUACCUUAUGGGGAAGCCUGUUCUGUUUCUGCUGAAGUUAAUUGGCUCCAUCUAGUGGCAGACUGUGUUACUGCAGACAGAAUCUACUUUUAUAAAUGAAUCUUUACAUCAAUAUUUAAAGUUUUAAAUAUGUGUGUGUUUUCGGUGUGUGUGUGUGUGUGUGUGUGUGUCUACAGUGUGACGUUUGAUGUGUCAUUGUUGGAGCUGAAGGAGGACAGGUGCUCCCGUCAGGACGUCUUAUUCAUCAGGAAGGUGAGUAAAAAAACUGCCUCCUGAGCUUCAUGAUCAUAUUUGAGAUGACGAUCACAUGAUUUAAAGUCUGUUCUGUGAUUUAACGGUUCGUGUUUUUGCAGCACGCUCAGCGCCUCUACAGGCACGUGUACCUCACCUGUAAGGAGGAGAGCAGUGGGCGGGGCCACUAUCAAGCCCUCAUCAUCUUAUUGGCCGUCGUCAGUGUGGAGCUGUCCACUGAGGAGGUGGUGGUGGACCUGAUCCGUGUGGUGCUGGCUCUGCAGGUUUUAACAGCUUUAAAUGAACUGAAAAAAAAACUCUUUCUCCACCUGUCUGUGAGUAACUGUCUUUUCUCUGCUCUGAUUGGCUCUUCAGGAGCUGGCACUGUCCAAUCAGGAGUGUCUGUCUGUGUUUAACCGUUGUGGAGUUCACGCCCUCUGCGCCGUCUUCCUCCACCUGUUGUCCGAGCUUGGUCCUCCUCCUCCUCUGUACCAGCACGUCACUGAGGUGAGCAGACUCUUUGUUGAUAAUAAAGAUCGCCUCGUCUCUGGAUUUGACUUUUCUCUGUAUUCAUGCAGGUGAUCGAGAGUCGGCAGAAAGACGCCCCUCACCUGCUGUCUGAAGACGUGUUCUGUGAAAACCCGAGGUAUGAAGGUUUUCACAUAUAUUCACAUAAAACCUGGAAACACACUCGCUCGAUGAACAGAUGAACAGACGUUGGAUCUGCAGGUGUCAUGACAACUUUUGCACCCUUUCAAAACUCAAACACAAACUCUGUUUUCGUGUGUCAGACUGCCAGAGGGCGAGCUGCAGGUCGCUGAAGAGUUCCUGUUCGUCCAAUCAAAGAUCCGCGAGGCUCUGACAGGAAGCAGCUACAGCGCACAUGACGAGCACUUCAACACGCCGUACACACCUGAGCUGACGGGUACACACACAGUUUUAGACUCCAGGUCCUCAGAGUACUUUUAGUCCUGCAAAUAAUCAGACUGUGUGUGUUCAUGUGUGUUUUAGAUGAGGACCGUCUGUCUAAGAGGAAGAGUAUCGGGGACGUGGUUUCUCUGCAGAUGGACAUGAACCCUCAGAACAGUUCUGAGACCCAGCAGGUACCUCUGAGUACGUUUGUCUGAGUUUCUGUCUGUCUUUGUGUCUAACCUCUCUCUCUCUCUCUCUCUCUCUCUCUCCUGCAGCCUCAGACGGAGCAGAUCACCUUUGAGACUCUCAAGAACACGAUCGGUAAGAAAUCAGUCGCUCAUUUCGAAACAGCCUCAGAUGACUCGAACCCCGUUUUGUAUAAACGCGGUGUCUUUGUUUUCACCGCUGCAGAGGACAGAGGGAGCGUGGAGGAGGAGGAGCGGAGGAGGAGGCUGCAGGUGGUGGAGAAGUUUCAGACGGCGCCGUUUGAGGAGAUCGCCGCUCACUGUGGAGCCAGAGUGAGUAACCUCCGACAAAGUUUAGUUUGUUAUCGACUCUUCACACCUGAGAGCUGCUCAUCUCUUCCCCUCUGACAUUUUCUUCAAAUCUGUGUCAAUAAAGUUUUGAUUUUGUCUCUGCAGACGUCUUUGCUUCAGUCCAAACUGAACCAAGUCUUUGAUCUCAUCAUCCGUCCUCCUCCAUCUCCCUCCGGUCACUCACCGCCGCGCUCCACGCCGCUCUACGAAAUGAAGUUUCCGGACCUCUGUGUGUAUUAGACGCUUCUUAGAUUAUGUGAUAUAUUCAGGUAGAAGAGGAGACAAGGAGGUAGGAAAGGACAGAAGAGAAAGGACUGAAAUCAUCCUAACCAGUCAGAGAGCUGAUAUCAAUGUUUUUGUUUUUUUGUUGUUUGAUUCAAAUGAAAAAGUUUGUCGUUUAUUUCUGAUGUUAUUGUUUUGAAAUAUUCUGUCGUUCUCGUCUUGUCAUCUUCAGUUUGAUUUCAGUGUCUGUUUCAAUAAAUUAUUCAUCUUUUGUUUUUUUCUUCAUGUACUUUUAUUUCACUUAUUUCAUCUUGAACCAACUCCAACGUUUCUGAGGUUGAGUUCAAGAGUUUUAUUUAUUAGUCCGUCUGUUUUCUUCAGUUUGGAGAAUCAUUUAUAUUUACGUCUGUGAUUAUUGACUCUCUUUUCUAUUUCAACACUUUGUUCCCCUGUCAGCUGGAAUAGUGAGAAUCUCUUGAAUGAAACUUCGGGUGCUUUAAAUUUGAAGGUUGGAAAAAUGAGGAGAAAAGUGAAGGUUUCAUCUUUUGCUUUCAAACGUCUCUUUAUGUUUGGUAGAAGUUACAUCAUUUACACGGAUCAUAAAUAUCCAAACCUCUCUCUCUCUCUCUUUCAGUCACUCAGGGUCACAGUCGGCAGUUUCAGAGAUUUUUAUUGGUCACUAACACCCCCCCCCCCCCUUCUCUUUCAGCUGCCUGUCUGUCAGCAGUGUAA